AAAAUGAGGGUUAAAAAGAGAUCAAGAGAGAUGAUCACCAGACUAAAACGUAGGAAAAGAAGACUGGAACGUGGGAAACAAAUACUAGAAAGCUUAAUAAAUGAACUACGUGAAAAGGUCAACAAUAAAAAUAUGCAAGAGACAAGCUUGUAUGAACUGGUGAAAGAUGCCUAGAUUAAAAAGGAGAUCGAUAGACAUGGUCAACGCCCUUCAACGUAGGAAAAGAAGACUGGAACGUGGGAAAACAAUACUAGAAAGCUUAAUAAAUGAACUACGUGAUAAGGCCAACAAUAAAAAUAUCCAAGAGACAAGCUUAUCUGAACUGGUGAAAGAUGCCUAGAUAUAAAAGGAGAUCAAAAGAAUUGAUUAGCAAAAUACUACGUAAGAAACGAAGAUUAGAACGUGGGAAAAAAAGGCUAGAAAGCCUAAUAAAUGAACUACGUGAAACGUUCAACAAUAAAAGUACAAAGGAGACCAUCCUAUCUGAACUGGUGAAAGAUGCCUAAACUUAAAAGGCAAUCCAAAGACGUGCUCGUCGCCAUAAAACGUAGGAAGAGAAGAUUAGAACGUGGGAAACAAAUUCUAGAAAGCCUAAUAAGUGAACUACGUGAAAAUUUCAAUAAUAAAAGUAUAAAGGAGACCAGCGUAUCAGAGUCAGAUCCAGGCAUUUCUGAUUCUGAAAGCUCUGAGAGUAUGGGCUUUGAAGUAGCAUAUGACCCAGAAGAAAACAUAAAAAUUGUUCAAGCCAUAAAAAACUAUCCUGUCAUUUAUGAUCUAAAACAAUAUCCUCCAAUUGAAUUUAAAAGAGCAUCUGAUGCAGCGUGGACACUUGUGGCUCAAGAAUUGCGCAUAUCAGAGGGCAGUGUAAGGCAGAGGUGGACAAAUAUUCGAGGAUGUUUCAAACGGUACUUGAAAAAUAAAGCAAUGGGAAAAAAUACAAAGGAUUAUUAUCUUGCUGACUAUUUAGAAUUUAUUAUCCCUUUCACCAAAAUUAAUUUGGAGAGGCAAUCUCAAAAGCUCAGCAACUACUUUCAUGAAAAUGAUCCCUUGAGUGAUAACACAAGCUUAAGCGAUAUCAAGGAAGAGACUGAGGUUAAAGAAGAGAUCGAGGUUAGUCUUGUUGAUUCUGACGGGGAAGAAGAAAAGUAUGUAAUAUCCACCUCUAACACUCCCAAUGGGGUUACGGUCCCUGAGCCGGGCAGCAAUCCAGAUUGGGACUUCUUAUCUAGUUUGUUGCCCGAUGUUCGCAAGAUGACUCCCAAACAGAAAGACAAGUUUAGAAAUGCUAUGUUAAAUGCAAUCGAUGUAGCCUUGUAUGGAGAGGACAUAGAAUGCUGAACAUUUUGAGUUUCUUGUAUAUAUAUAUGUAAAAAUAAAAGUUUGUAUGUUUUUUA